AUUUCAACAUACAUAAACGGAUUGAAUUUUUCUUUAAAGAAGUCGGUUAAAAAUCUAGUGGGCUGUUAGGUUUUCGUCUCCCUGACUUCAAUUCUUUGAUUCUCCUAAUGUUUUUAUUUGACCCGAGUGUGUAAAUUUAACUGGAGCAGUUCCCGUCUCCCCUCCCCGCUCCUGGGCGGGAGGAAGCUGGCACUCUGCCCAGUGGGCUGGGCCUUACUAAGUUUCAUUUUCCUCUUCUCCGAGUGCCUGAACCCCGGAGGCUGCUGAAGAAUGUUCUGUGUGGAUUUCUGAGUCUGCUUAGCCGUCCAAACAGAGCAGCCACACUCAGCCCCAGUCCUUGUAGAGGUUCUACAAACAGAUUGAGAAGCAUGGCAGUGGCGACUCGUUUGACGGCGAUGCAAGAAAAGAAGCUGCAGAAUUACUUUGGAGGAAAACGGUUUACCCCUCUCUAUAAAGCUAGUGUCCAUGAAUUCUCUGGAUCUAAUUGUCUUAAGAGAUGCUGUGGCCAAGGGCCUACUCUGAUGGUGAUUUAUGGUAGAUGUUAUGUUUGGGGGGCCUAUAUAAGAGAGAAUUACAAGGGAGAUGACACAGUUCCCGUUGUCCUUUUUGCCUUUCAAGAGAAUGAAAUUUCAGAAUGUGAUGUAGGAGCACACUCACCAUCUACAUUUCUUUGUGACUAUAGUGUAAGGUGGAGUAAUAGUUUAGGGUUCCUCCUAAAUCUGAGGGAAAAAAAAGCGACUGUGAGUUUAGAUACAGCUAAAAAACUUGGACUGCCUCAAGAUCAACCUAUUUCCCUUGAGGAAUGUGAAGUUUUUCGUUGUGAAGAUUUAUUGGAUAAAAGAACCAUGAAAGGGAUUACUCAACUCCAUGAGAGAUUAUUGCAUGACAUGAAAACCUACAGUCCAUAUGGAGGCCUCGUUUACCAAAUACGGAUUCUACUCCUGGGUCCCACUGGGGCUGGGAAGUCUAGCUUCUUCAACUCAGUAAAGUCUGUUUUCCGAGGCCACGUAACACACCAGGCUCUGGUGGGCUCUGAUACAAGUGGGGUAUCUGGCAAGUACAGGACAUAUUCCAUUAAGGAUCAGGGAUCUGGCAAUGCCCUGCCGUUUAUUCUCUGUGACUCAAUGGGGCUGGGUGAGAAGGAAGAAGGACUGUGCAUGGAUGACAUAGUCUACAUCUUAAAAGGCCACAUUUCGGACAGAUAUCAGUUUAAUUCCACAAAACCAAUCACACCGGGUCAUAGUAACUAUAUUGACAACCCAUUGCUGAAGGACAGAAUCCAUUGUGUGGCACUUGUGUUUGACAUCAACUCUGUUGAACACCUCUCUCGUGACAUGAUGGCAAAGAUCAAAAAAAUUCGAAGAGAGUUGAUAAAGUGUGGUGUAGCACAUGUGGUUUUGCUCACUCAUGUGGAUAGCAUGGACCUGAUUAGCAGAGGUGACCUUGGAGACAUAUACAAAUGUAUGCUUGUGAAGCCUAAGUUAGAGACAGUCCACAGAGAACUUGGAUUUGCUCUUUCUGACAUCUUGGUGGUUAGUAAUUAUACCUCAGAGUGGGAGCUGGACCCUGUAAAGGACGUUCUGAUCCUCUCUGCGCUGGGACAGAUGCUAUGGGCUGCAGAUGACUUCUUAGAGGAUUUGCCUCCUGAGGAAACAGAGAUCAAAGAAGAGGAAUCACCAAGUGUGUAAAAGAAGGAAAAAA